AGGUGAAAGCUAAAGUAAACAACUCAAAUAGUUGAAUAAAUCAAUAUCGUUACAAAUGAACCAUGUAGACAAACAGUCAAAUUAUCGUAGAUGACUGCAAUAUUUAAUAAAAACUAAGGAACUUAGAGGUCGAGACCUCUUUGUUUUUGAAGAGAAACGGUGCGUUCUGUCUCUUUCUCUUUGCCCCCCGGGGACGCAUGCAGUGAGUCACCCUUUCCUUUGAGAUGGAGGAACUGAAACGUCUGUUAGGCACUCUGCAUUAGUUUCAUUAAACCCCCCCUCGCAGCCCUCCUCUGUGUCUCACGGUUUUCUGUCUUCAGCGACACGUUUUCUUCCUUUUAGUUUGUGUCUUAAACCAUAAUACGAUCAGGGAGACAGCAGCAGGUCUCCACAUUGCUUCUUCAGCCAUGGCCAAGAAGGACUGUCCUGCUGGCAAAAAGUGGGAUAGGGUCGUGUACAUGUGUAUCGAUCACAAGAUGGAAACCAGACCUGGACAAACAACAGAGCCUGCCCUGGCUGUGGGGGUGCAGCUGAGAGCCACGGCCCUCGCUGCCCGGGCCCCCCUACUGGUGCUGCUGGGUCCGGCCCUGUGGAUCGUGGUGGUUCUGGCCACACUGGGCUCCAUCCUGGCUGUCACUCUCUGGUUUAUCAUUUACAGACGCCAGACCAGGCACAGCGGCACCUCAGAGGAAGCAGCACCACAACAGCCUCUUCAGAAAACAGAGCCACCCGCCGAGAUCCACCUUCCGCCUCCAGAGAUGUUUCAGAGAGCAGCAUGGACCCCUUCUCCCUGUCCUCACCAGCACCCGGGGGCCCGAACAGGCUGCAGGUCAGAACAAGAGGGCUUCACUUUCUGCAGUGGCCCCUCAGAGCACGCCUGGCCAGAGGGGCCCAACAUGCUGAGGAAGCACAGGGUGCCACUUCCUGCCACAGAGCUGGGUGGCACAGCGCUAGUGACAACUAAAACUGUGUAGGGCUGUGUGUGUGUGUGUGUG